ACGUGGGAGGCCACAGGCGCCCGUUGUGACGCGUCGGGAGCCUUACCCGGGUCCAGGGCUGAUGUGCACCGGGGAGUCUGGGCGGGGAGAGGAGCCCACCCCGCUCCUCCUGGGGCCGAGUCCUCCCCGGACCUUCAGUGUUGACUGCGCUGAGGAGUGCGUGUCCCCGGGGCUCCGCCGCUGGCUCUGAGGAGUCUGAGCCCCGUCCCGGUGAGUCCGCCCGAGGGCCGGGAGAGGGUGCGCCGAACCCAGGGAGCCCGAAGCUUCCCGCCCUGCGCGCCCGCGGCCUCGGGCGCCCACUCUGCGGCCUCAGCCCCAGAAGCGUCCCCGGGACCCACCCGGAGGCGCCUGCAGCCGCGGGGCAAGUCAGAGACACCGCACGUUUGCUCGACUACUGCUUUUCUGUUUGUAAUGGAAAUGAAGAGGUAGAAAGUAGUCAGCUCAACUGUUGACAAUGCAAGCACUGGAGUCAUUGGCCUUUAACGACAUUGCUAUAGACUUCCACCAUGAAGAAUGGACUCUCCUAGAUACAUCUCAGAGAAAGCUCUUCAGAGAUGUGAUGGCCGAGAUCAUCAGUCAUCUGGUUUCAGUGGGAUUUCAGGUCUGCAAAUCAGAUAUUCUUUCCCAGUUGGUGCAAGGAGAGGAACUGUGGAGAGAAGGAAUAGGAUUCCUCCAAAACCAGAGUUCAGGCAGGGAAAGUGGGUAUAAAAAACAAGAAAUGGUAACCAUACAAACUAUCUACAGAAAGGAUACAUCUACCAUCAUGUCAUUGAGAUCUCACAUUCCAAGGAAUCCCUCUAAAUGUAAUGAUUUGCAAGAAUUCACACACACAUCCAUAGUUUCUCAACAUGCAUUAAUUCAGAAGGAAAAGAAACCCUAUUUCGGCAAAGUAUUUGGAAAAGACCUCAUUGACCAGCCAUCUUUUACGCAAGAUAAGCAAGGUCACGCUAGAAGUAAUUCAUGUAAAUUUGUAAAUGGUAAAGCCUUGAUUCAGACCUCUGGCCUUAGACGACACAGUGGAUCUGACAUCGGAGAGAAACCUUUUGAAUGCCUUCUGUGUGGGAAGGUUUUUGCUCAUUGUUCUUCCCUUAGACGACAUGAGAUAUCUCACAGUGGAGAGAAACCCUAUGAAUGUUCUCAAUGUGGGAAAGCCUUUACUCAGUGUUCUUCCCUUAGGCAACAUGAGAGAAUUCACUCUGGAGAGAAACCGUAUGUAUGUAACCUAUGUGGGAAAGUCUUCGCCUAUUUUUCUGGUCUUAGACAACAUGAGAGGACACACACUGGAGAGAAACCCUAUGAAUGUCUUGUAUGUGGGAAAGCGUUCACCUAUUGUUCUGGUCUUAGACAACAUGAGAGUACUCACACUGCAGAGAAACCGUAUCAUUGCCAUCAUUGUGGGAAAGCUUUUGCUCAGCCUUCUUAUCUUAGGUUACAUGGGAAAAUUCACACUGAAGAGAAACCAUAUGAAUGCCAUCUAUGUGGGAAAGCCUUCAGGACAUGUUCUUAUCUUAGAGCCCAUGAGAAAAUGCACACUGGAGAGAAGCCCUAUGAAUGUCAUGUAUGUGGGAAAGCCUUCAGUCAUUGUUCCUACCUCAGGCAACAUAAGAAAAUUCACAAUGUAAAGAAACUAUAUGAAUGUCAAGUAUGUGGGAAAGUCUUCACACAUUGUUCUGGCCGUAGACAUCAUGAGAAGACGCACACUAAAGAGAAACCCUAUGAAUGUCAUAUAUGUGGGAAAGCAUUCACCCAUUGUUCUGGCCGUAGACGACAUGAGAAGACUCACACUGGAGAGAAACCCUACAAAUGCCAUCUAUGUGGGAAAGAAUACACGACAUGUUAUUAUCUUAGAGUUCAUGUGGGAAAUCAUGCUGGAGAGAAACCUUUUGAAUGUCAUCUAUGUGGGAAAGUGUUCACCAGUUGUUCUGACCUUAGAAAACAUGAAAGAAUUCACAAGGAGCAUAAACCACGUGGGUGAAGGUAUCUUUCACUAAUUCUGGCCUUAGACUACAUGAGAAAAUUUGCACUUCAGAGUAGUGGUGUGACUGUCUUUGGAUAAGUGGGAAAACCUUACUUUUAUUUUUAUAUCUUUGGACAUUCCUUCUUACAGCUGCAUGAUUUUCCAUUGAGUGUAUGUACCACAAUUUGUUUAUCCACUCCUCAGUUGAUGACCAUUUGGGCAGCCUCCAUCCAUUCACAGUUUUGAAUAAUGCCGCUGUAAAUGUUGGUGUGCCAGUACCUAUUUUUGUUCUUGCUUUCAGUUUUUCAGAGUACUUAUGUAGUAAUAGAAUUUCUUGAUCAUAUGGCAAUUCUAUACUUAGCUUGCUGAGGAACUGCCAAACUGCCUUUCUGAAUGGCUGUACCAUUCUAUAUUCCUACCAACAGUGAAUAAGUGUGCCUAUUUCUCCACAUCCU